CCGGUGUAACUGAUUGCUUAUCUCACCUGGAUCCACUCGACAUACCCCCAAUGAAGUGGCUAGGCGUGGUGAGCAUGUUGGCUACACGUAUCGAUGCCACCGUGACUACCAUCGCGUGCACCAAGGUCACAUCGUUUGAAGACCUACUAGCGUACUGGUGCAUUUGCUCCCCGUGUCACCUUUGCACGUAUAGUCUCACGCAAGGAUGUACGGUGGUCGAUUCGAAUGCCGUCACGAUGAGCGAUGGCAGCGACGUUCGCACUCGUCAGCCAUCGCUCGAUCCGACGGACUGGUUUUUCACGAAUGCUGACAUCACGCGCACCCGCAACGGCAUCGCUCGCACAGACAUCUCUCCGUACACGUCCAAUAAUUCCGUGCUCGUGUUUGAUGCCACCAGCGAUUUCUUCCGGGCCAUGUACCAGGAUCUAUUGGGCACCACUGCGAACGACGCCCUGUAUUUCAAUGCAUGGACCCUUGGCAAUGUCCCGUACAUCCCAGACAUCGACCCGACGAAAACGGUGCAAGCUGUGUGGGCUGACCUCGUCGCCCGCAACGUUAGCCUCAACGCCCUCGUGUUUGAAAACGCCCAGGAAUCCAAGCCAGUCGCGGAGAUGUUCAACUGGUUCCAACAAGGGCCUUCCAAGGGGUCGUCACAAAUGGCCCUCGAUAACCGCAUCACGGCAGUCUCUGGAUCAGUGCAUCAGAAGUCCACGGUGCUUCGAACCACCGGCGAAUGGGUGGCAUAUGUCGGAGGGGUAGACCACUGUCGAGACCGAUGGGACACCAAGUUCCACAAUAGCACUGCACUGCGCAAAGCAACAAACGUCCAAGUCGGUUACGACGGGUGGGUCGACGUGCAUACGAAAAUGCAAGGCCCGGCAGUGCAAGACAUCCUCAACAACUUUCUCAGUCGCUGGAACGACCCCACGGCUCCUAUCAUCACGCCCCUCUUUUCGCUCUUGACAUCGUUGCCCACCGCCUACAACAACCUCAUUCGUCCCCUGCCACCCGUGGCGUUGCCCCCACCCCUUAAAGUCGUCAACGGCACCCACAGCGUCCAAAUCACUCGCACGUACAGCUGUCAGUACAAGGGCUAUCAAAAUUUUGCACCCCAAGGAGAGACGUCGAUACUGGCAUCUCGCAUCAAGGCCAUCCAUCAAGCGAAAAACUACAUUUACAUUGAAGACCAGUACUUUGUUCACGUACCAGAACUCCUCGCCGCCCUCGAACAAGUGCUCCCGACGAUUCAACGACUGGUGGUCGUCACGAGCUUGCGCAGUUCGUUUUCGUCGGCCGCCGGCUACGACAAGUACUUGUUUGACAUGGUCGCGCCGUUGCAAACGAAGUUUCCCCACAAGUUUCAUCUCUAUCGAACCAUCGACAGCAUCUACGUCCAUUCUAAGGUCGUCUUGAUCGACGACGUGUACUUAUCCGUGGGCUCGAGCAACUGGAACGUCCGCAGUAUGACGUCGGAUGCGGAACUGACCGCCAACAUCGUCGACUCGGCCACCGUGCAAGAUCCUUCUGGUGACACGACAGUCACCAAGUUGGCGCGGAACUUUCGGCUCGCCAAAUUUGGCGAACUGACACGGUUUUCCAUCGACUUUAGCCGCAUGACUGUCGUGCAAGCCACAGAUGCGCUGGUGUUGUAUGCAACUUCCCCAUCAAGCAACCCAUUCAUUGUCCCCUACGUGGUCACGUACGAGCUCAUGUUUGAACUGUACUCACCAGCCGUGCAAAACUUCUUUGAAGGCGACGGACGGUGUCUGAAUGUGUCGGACGACUUUUGUGCUACCGUGUCCACUAGUGACUACGAGAUUGUGCAAAUUGCGUGUCAAUGCGCCAAGGACAAGGUUAAUCUGGACGUGUGUCCAGCCAUGCUUCAGUACAACCACGACCAAACAGCGAAAAACUUGACAUCUGCCCGCUUUCAAAAGAUCUUGGCCAUUUGUAUCGCCGUCGUGGUGGCGGUCGUCGCACUUUUGACUACAGCAAUUGUGUUUGUAUACAAACGAUAUCGAAAACAAAGCAAAGUGCCGUAAGAGCCCCCGACGACCUCCCAAGCGAUGUAGAAGCGACACGUAUGCUAGCCGAUGCAACAAUAUGCAAUAUCUGCACAUGUACUAAUACUUACUUGACUGCGUCAAC